AUGAAGCGAAAUCGACCAAGCGGGUCUCAGCAACAAAAAAUUAAGAAGGCAAAAGAAAAGUCAGCUGAGGCGAUGUCUGGAUCAAUUUUAAAAUAUGUUGCACCUUCAACAUCUACCGCAGUAGGAGAAAGCGCUGAAGACAUUCAGUCUGUUGAAUCCAGAGAUGAAAUGCCUGAAGUAUCUUCUCAAGACGCUUCAUAUGGGAAAGCGCAAGAAUUGGAGAAGAUCAUUUUAUCUUCAAGCGGUGAAAGUGAUGUAGAUGAAGGCGAUGCCAGCAGAAGCCUGCAUCAGCAAGACUCUGAUGAUGAUGAUGAUGAUGAAGAAGAAGAAGAGGAGACUGUUCGACUGUCAGUUUAUUCUGAUGUUGCUGCUUGGCCAGUUCCAGUUCCAGAUGUUUUAAGAGUGGACCUUAUUAAGAGGGGAAGUGAACCUUUCCAAAAUAGAGAUGGGCCAUUCAGUCCUGUUGAAAGGCAAGGAGAGAAAUCAAAAGGGAAGAGUCGACAGUUGACCACUGUAUGGUUCUAUAAGGCUCUGCCUAAUGGCGAAAAAAUUCUUAGAACGUGGAUGGUGUACUCUCCAUCAAAACAAAGUUUGUUUUGUUUUUGCUGCAGACUUUUUGCUGUUGAUGACAAAGUAACAGGGGCAUCCAGUUUUGUUACUGUGUUUCAAUUGUGGUGGAAGCUGAACCCAAAGGUGUCUGAUCAUGAGGCUUCUGAGCAGCAUCUUACAUGCUUGGAGAAAUGGAAGACCUUGAGAGCAGGAUUGAAGCUACAAAAAUGCAUUGAUCAUGUCCAUCAAACAACAGUGGACAGAGAGAAAAGGAAAUGGAGGGAUAUUUUGCAUUGCCUUUUGGAUGUAACUUUGUUUCUGGCUCACCAGAAUCUUCCCUUUCGUGGUCAUAGAGAAACCAUGUCAUCCGCAAACAAAGGCAACUUCCUCGAAUUGGUAGAAUUGCUCUCAAACUAUGAUCCCAUUUUAAAGGAACAUUUCAUGAGGCUGAAACAUGCUGUUGCAUCUGUAAAGAGAAUGACUUCCUAUUUCUCUCCAAAAAUUCAGAACGAAUUAAUUUGUCUUUUGGGAAAUCAUGUGAAGGACAAAAUAGUAGCUGAUAUCAAGAAAGCAAAGUACUUUGGGAUUCUUUUUGACAGCACCCCUGAUGUGUCCCACACUGAUCAGAUGUGUGAAGUGAUCAGAUAUGUUCAUAUUGAAGGGGACCAUGUUGAAGUAAAGGAAUCAUUCUUGGGGUUCUUUCCUGUUGCUGAAAAGACUGCUGCUGAACUCACAGAAAAUAUCCUGCAACAUCUGGAGGAAGAUGGACUAGACUUAAUCCUUUGCCGUGGUCAAGGAUAUGAUAAUGCUGCAACUAUGGCAGGGAUUCAUGGUGGUGUGCAGGCAAAAAUAAAAGAGAUUAAUCCCAAGGCUUUGUUUAUGCCAUGUGCUAACCAUUCCCUGAACCUAUGUGGGGUGCACUCAUUUGGAAGUGUUGUUUCCUGUGUGACCUUUUUUGGAACAUUGGAGAGAGUGUAUUCCUUUUUUUCGGUUUCUACACAUCGUUGGGAAUUGCUGAUGGAAAAUGUAGGUGUGACAGUGAAAAGACUUUCCCAAACAAGAUGGAGCGCUCAUUAUGAUGCUGUGAAGCCAGUGAGGGCAAAUUUUGAAAAACUGACUUCAGCCCUUGAAAAGUUAUGUAAUCCCAAAGAAAAUGUGGACACAAGAGGAUCGGCUCAGAUGUUGCUGUCUGCCAUAUGUGAUUUUUCUUUUUUGUGUUACCUUUCUUUCUGGUGUGACGUUCUAGAAGAAGUUAAUAUAACACAGAAAUAUUUGCAAACUGUGGGACUCACUCUUGAAAAGUGCAUUGUGAAACUACAAGGUUUGAAAGCGUUUCUAGCACAUCAGCGCAGUGAAAUUGUGGAGAAGGCCAUUUGUUAUGCAACUACUAUGUGUAAAGAAAUGGACAUUUCAAUGGAAAGAAGAGGGAGAGUAAAGCUCCGUAAAACAAUGCCAGGAGAGAAGGCAAAGGACGCUGGUCUCACAUUGCCAGAGGAAAUGAAAAGGGCUAUGUUUGAGUGCCUUGAUCGUUUUCAUCACGAGUUGGAAAUUCGUUCUCAGGCAAUUGAAAAAAUCCUUUCAAUGUUUGCUGUUAUUCAGCCAAGCUCUCUGGUUGUGGCAACAGAGAAAGAUAUUUGUAAUUAUACUCCAAAAUUGACUGAGAUUUUUGACGAAUUCUCUAAUGAAGACAUCUUUAGGGAAAUCGAACGUCUUCGGAGGCAUUUGGAAGCUGCCAAGAUCAGUGUUGAAGAAGCAAAGAAAUGGACGGCAUUACAGUUCCUGGAGUUCAUUGUUAAAUGGGAUUAUUGUGAAUCUCUGCCAAAUUUGUCACUGUGUUUAAGAUUCUUUUUGACUCUCUGUGUGUCUAUUGCUUCAUGUGAAAGAAGUUUUUCCAAAUUAAAAUUGAUAAAAAAUGUCUUUCGCUCAACCAUGAGUGAGACAAGGUUGACAAAUCUGGCUAUACUUUCAAUUGAGCAUGAAUAUGCAAGGAAGAUUGGCUUUGAUGAAGUAAUUGAUAAAUUUGCAGAAAUUAAGGCUCGAAGGCAGCGGAUGUGA